GCCGUAGCACUACCUAAAUUGCGCAAGAGAGGGCAGGUCCGUCCUCCGCCUCCUCCUCACACGUUUCUCUGACCAGACUGGACCAGCCAUUCAUUUAGCGUUUGCUGAAGCUGCAGCAUUCCCUCCGUAUCCUUUGGAGUGCAGCAAUGUUUUCCUGUAGAGCGGCCUGGCAAAGGUGUGGGCCUUUGGCACGGAGAGCAGCUUACAGGUUGCCCCGGGAUGUUGUGCAGCGACGGCCGAUGUCCUCACUUCCUGGUGGUUCUGGUGAGAACAUAGUCUACGCCUUGCUGUGUGGUGGAGCCUUCGUUGGUGGUGUGUCCUAUGCGUACAUCACUGUGACCUCCGACAAUGCCAGGUACAAUGAACGUCUCUCAGAAAUCAGAGCCAGACCCAAGACAGAGUGGGUACCUAAACCAUGGCCACCUAAGAGCAAAGAUGAAGAAGAGGGUGAAGAGGAGGAGGCUGCCAGUGGAGAGGCAGAGGCCGGGGAGGAGGAGGCAGCUGCUGCUGACAGCGAGCCAGAGGCCGUUGUGGAGGAAGUGGCCGAGGUAGUCGCAGAGGCCGCUGAAGCCGUCGCAGAGGUGGCUGAGGGUGUCGCGGAGGCUGCGCAGGAAGUGGAGAAGGUUGCAGAGGAAGUAGCCCAAGUGGCCGAAACUGUCGAGGAAGCUGCCCAGGCUGUCGCAGAGCUAGCCACCACUGACGCAGAGGACUCCGAAAGCAACGUGCUGCUGGCAGCUGCCUCUACUCUAGAGAUACCGAAGACAGCUGAAGUAAAGGAAGACUUGACACCUGGUGACGUUAAGGUUGCACCAGAGGGAGAGACCCUAGCACCAGUAGAAUCAAAGCCUGUUGAAGAAAUUGCUACAGUUGAGGCCCCUGCACCUCUAGAAGAAACUCCUGCACCAGUGGAGGUUGCACCAGUGGUUGAAGAGGCCCCCGCACCAGUGGAGGUUGCACCAGUGGUUGAGGAGACCCCUGCACCAGUUGAGGUUGCACCACUGGUUGAAGAGGCCCCCGCACCAGUGGAGGUUGCACCAGUUUUUGAAGAGGCCUCUGUGCCAGUGGAGGUUGCACCACUGGUUGAGGAGACCCCUGCACCAGUUGAGGUUGCACCACUGGUUGAAGAGCCCGCUGCGCCAGUGGAGGUUGCGCCAGUGGUUGAAGAGGCUGCUGUGCCAGUGGAGGUUGCACCAGUGGUUGAAGAGGCCGCUGCGCCAGUGGAGGUUGCACCAGUGGUUGAAGAGGCCGCUGCGCCAGUGGAGGUUGCACCAGUGGUUGAAGAGGCCUCCGUGCCAGUGGUUGAAGAGGCCACUGCGCCAGUGGAGGUUACGCCAGUGGUUGAGGCGACCCCUGCACCAGUGGAGGUUGCACCAGUGGUUGAAGAGGCUCCCGCACCAGUGGAGGUUGCACCAGUGGUUGAAGAGGCUCCCGCACCAGUGGAGGUUGCACCAGUGGUUGAAGAGGCUCCCGCGCCAGUGGAGGUUGCACCAGUGGUUGAAGAGGCCACUGCGCCAGUGGAGGUUGCACCAGUGGUUGAAGAGGCCACUGCGCCAGUAGAGGCUUCCCCUGUGGUUGAAGAAACCCCUACACCAGUGACACAAGAGCCACUCACCCCGGUAGUCACCACAGCUCUAGCUGAGGAACCAACCACCACCACAGCUGUGGAAGAAGUUACAGCAGCCCUUACAGCAGAAGUAGCCAGCCCUGUGGUGGAGGCAGCAGCUGCAGCUCCUGUGGAAUCCUUGGCAGAAGAUCCCAACAAAGAGUACAUUGUAGUUGUUUUGGAGGGAACAGCUAAAGCAGAAAAGAGGCCGAAGGUGCUAGGAGUGGGGCCCAUGACUGGCAGAAUCAUCCCAGCUCCAGAUGAUGAUGAUGUCCCAGUUUCUGAGGGUAAACGACGUCUUCUUAGGAUGCAAAUGCAGUAGUUCCAACUAAGUAAACAGCUCCUGAAUGAUGACUUUCUGUCCUGCGGAAGAAGAGGAUGUGCCUUUCUCCACCACUUUCCCUUCCUUCUUUUACCCCAAAACACAUUGGACUAAUAUGUAGUUUCACUGUGAAGGCACACAGACACACUCACACACGCAUACAGUGUUAAGAUCAAUGCUCUCAAUGCAGACUUUAUAGUCCCAGAUAAACCUCUGAAGUUUAUCUUUUAGUAGUUUCAAUAACUUUUCUUGUAACUUCUGUGAAUUGCAAUCUGUUUACAGAUGUGGACAAAACUGAGCCAUUCAGUCACCCUUUCUUCUUACUGUUACAGUUUACUGCCUCAAAAACCACUCCAUGGUCACCUUAAUACUCACUGCCACUUCCUGUUAGCCUAAUCACUGCCCAGCCACCUACCUAUACCUACAGUGUUAUCUCUUCAAGCAAGGGGUGUUUUGAUUCACCAGCAUUCUUUACACUUCUCUUUGUGUGAACAUGAACAGUUGGAAACACUUGCUGUAGUUAAUGUACAAAGAAACACUGAACAUGUGUGCAGGGGCUACUUUGCUACCUCAGUUUUCCUCAAGUUUUCAGUCUUUGAGAUGACACUUCAGACCUCUUUUUGAUGCUAUCACAGUGUUAACAGUUCCAAAGCCACUGUCUUCAAUAAGCACAUCCUCCUCCUUUUGAAAGUGUAAUUUAAUACUGAAACACACAGAAACUGCUGCACGGCUCUUGUUGGAUUGAAACUCUCAAGCAUGAUUCACUUAUGGCUGCACCCCAGUUGGUGUUGUCACAGCAGGUAUUUUGGACAUCAGUAAUUGGGGUGUACCCAGAAAUGAAACAAAUGUUGAAAAUUUCAACCCAUAGAGACACAGCAGGUGAUUUUUCUUUACAUUCAGCAGUGGGUUACCUUUAAGGGAGAGUUUGUUCCUAAUUAUUUUUCGUAUAUAAUUUGAGUAUACAGUGAAUAUUCAACAUGUUGAGGACAUCCUCCUGUUGUUAUCCAUAUUCACUCAUGUCAAAAAGUUCUUCUCAUGUCCGCUUUACCCACAUACACUUUCAGCUCAGCUAUUGAUGUAGAUUUCAGAAUCUCGAUAAGGGAUACUGGCUUUUACAUAGAUUGAUAAUCAGUGUACUGAAUAUUUUUUUAAUGUACGUUUAAGUUUAGCUCAGCGCCAUGGUUCGGUGAGGAAGUUUGUCAGGAUGUUUGGUAAGGGAAUUAAUGGACAGCAUCAUGUUCUGUCAGUCCUCUCUUUUCUGUCCUUUCUAAGAGCUUUUUGUUUGUAGCAGUCCGACCUGUGUGGAUGUGUAAUUUAAGGUCUUCCAGCAAGUAUGAACAGUCAUGAUACUGAUGUGACAUGACAUUUGUGUGUGUAGGAUGUGUUGCAGUAUGUCUGAAGAAAAGUCUCCAAUGUGAAAUGCUUUGACAGCUCUGUUGUAGUUCUCUCUUCUUGGAUUUUCUCAUCUCAACUAUUGAGUUUCUUGCUUUCUUAGCUUGCCAUACUGCAUUUGAAACAGAUCUGGGAUCACUGAAGGAAGAAGUGAAAUUAGUAUAUAUUUUUAAAAAUGGAAAUUAGAUUCAGAAAAGUACACUUGGUCUGUCCUCAGUGCUCGCCGGCAGGUUUCUAUGAAAGGUAGUGAGUGGAUACCUUUGAUUGAGUGAAGGGGAAGCAACUGUGACUGUGAAACAUCACUGUUUUCCUGUUAAAAAUAAAGAGGGAUUAAAUAUA